CAUCCAUCAACACAAGCACACCUUUACGGGGUCUCUGCCAGGGACAAGGAUGUAGGCUAAGAAAGAAACCCCAAAGAAAGUUCAACACAAUAACAAAAAGUUUCGGCAUUGAGCCAUGUCAUUGGCUGCCUAACACUAGACAGGAAAAUUCGAUGGUUUCUGAUGUCAAACUAGAGACAGAUUCCUACUAUAUAUAUGACAAGCAGUAGCGACCGCAUAUUUUCUGCCUCAUCUUCUCAGAUUAAAACUAGUUUCAACAAAGGCAACGUAAACACUCACCUGGAGGACAAGAUGAGCGCUUCAGUGGCUGUGUACCGAAAUAUUUACACCGAGGACCGGUUCAGACAGUCGUACGGUACCGAGGACAAGCCCCGUGGAGGUGGUCAACGUUUUCGGGAGAAGAUCGCAGAGCGGUGCAGGUGUUCCCGUGCAGCAUGCCUUCACCUGUUGAGGGAACGAAUUCCCAUUUUUAACUGGCUGCCGAAGUACAGGCUGAAAAAAUGGAUGCUAGGUGAUACAAUAGCGGGACUAACAGUCGGUAUACUUCACAUUCCACAAGGUAUGGCCUUUGCCUUACUGACGUCAGUGGCGCCCAUCUAUGGCCUCUACACCUCCUUCUUCCCUGUGGUUCUCUACAUGCUGUUUGGCACAGGACGGCAUGUAUCCACUGGUACCUUUGCAGUGGUGAGCCUGAUGACAGGCUCAGUGGUGGAACAGCUGGUGCCCACCCCUCUACAGCUCAACUCCUCCAGUCCAGAGGCUGCAGACUUUGAGGCCCAGAGGAUUGGGGUUGCCUCUGCUGUAGCCCUACUCUCAGGGAUCAUGAUGCUCUGUAUGUUUGGGCUACAGCUGGGUUUCCUCUCUACAUACCUGUCAGAGCCCAUCGUCAAGGCAUUCACCAGCGCUGCAGCCUUCCACGUCACCAUCUCACAGCUGCAAAGCAUGCUGGGACUGCGGCUCCCCCGCCACACCGGCCCCUUCUCACUCUUCAAGACCCUUGCGUCUGUCAUAGAGAACCUUCCCCAAACCAACAUGGCUGAGCUACUGACCUCCCUGGUGUGUCUGGCCAUCCUGGUACCGGUCAAAGAAGUCAACAUGAGAUUCCGACAGUACCUACGCACACCCAUCCCCGUAGAGAUCCUCACGGUGAUAAUAGCUACAGGAGUGGCCUAUGCUUCCUCUCUGGACUCAAACUAUGACGUUCAGAUAGUGGGACACAUUCCUGCAGGCUUCCCUAGUCCACGGAUGCCUGCCUUGCACAAGUUGCCUGAGAUCGCUGGAGACACGGUUGCCAUUACGUUCGUGGGUUACGCUGUGUCUGUCUCACUGGCAAUGAUCUACGCAGACAAGCACGGCUACUCCAUCCAACCCAACCAGGAGCUCCUGGCCCAUGGUAUCUCCAACACAGUGUCGUCUCUCUUCACCUGUUUCCCCAGCUCAGCCACUCUGGCCACCACCAACAUCCUGGAGAGUUCUGGGGGAUUCACACAGCUCUCUGGCUUGUUCACCAGUCUGGUGGUUCUGAUAGUUCUACUGCUGAUUGGACCUCUCUUCUACUUCCUGCCCAAGGCAGUGCUGGCCUGUAUCAAUGUCACCAGCCUCAGGCAGAUGUUUCUACAGUUCCAGGACCUGCCAGACCUCUGGCGAGUCAGCAAGAUUGACUUCGUAGUGUGGCUGGUGACUUGGCUGUCUGUUGUGGUCCUGAAUGUCGAUAUGGGUCUGGCUAUUGGAGUGGUCUUUUCGAUGAUGACAGUCAUCUGUCGCACACAGAGGGCUGGGUGUUCCGUGCUGGGCAGAGCGAGCAACACAGAGAUCUACAGACCUUUAGAGAACCACAACAAGUGCUAUGAAGUUCCAGGUGUAAAGAUCCUGACAUACAACGGGCCCAUCUACUAUGGCAACCGCAGCUUCUUCAGAGAGGACAUGAGUCGUCUGCUGGGCCUCACCCCAGAGAGGAUCCGCAGUAGAGAGAAGGCCAGGAAGGCCCUGGAGAAGAGGGAAAGAGAGGCUGUCAGCACUGUGGAGAGAGGUGUCGCAAACACAUCAUUUUCAUCUGAGAAUGAGUUCUUUAAAUCUGAAACAGCUGGAAGUGAAGUCCAGGCAGUACUAAUAGAUUGCAGCAGUGUGAUUUUUGUCGAUGUUGCUGGAGCCAGACUCUUCAUACAGAUGUGUAUUGAAUGCCAGAAAGUUGGGGUUUGCAUAUAUUUGGCCAAUUGCAAUGAGAGUGUUCUGAGGAUCCUAACCUCCAGUGGACUGAUGAACUACAUGAACCCACAGCACAUCUUUGUUACGGUCCACGAUGCUGUGAUGUACAUUCAACAACAGAAGGAGCAAACUCCAGAAAACACGACUACCGUUUGGGUUUGAGAUGGUUGGUCGGCCAUUUUACACGUCAAGAUGAACUGAUAUGCAGUAACAUGCACGACACAGACCAGGGGGGAAAACAUCUCUCCCUCUACAAUCGCUGUACAUCAAGGUUUGUUCCUGGUCUAAGACAGGUGCAGUGCUGUGUUAAAUGUGUAUACUAGUAUGCCAUGGUUGGGCUUCAAGAAGGGAGCAGCGUAUUGUAGCAUUUCCGUAUGAAAUGAAGGGUCAAUCUCAGUAUUUUAAAUAAGUAUUUUGAAGGAACAAUACUGAAGAGACUUGCACAAGUGACCACAACGGUGGCAGAGCACGUAUGACGCAGAAAGUACUCCUGCUACUCACUGGAAUCCAGGAGAAGAGGCCAAUGGGAGAUGUUUAGCUACUACAAUAACCCUAGUAAACACAAAUAUAUACAUUAUUUGAUUAUUAUCUGUUAAAACAUUGCUUAUUAUAUCUGAAUGCUGGAGAAAUAGUGGCCAACCAUUACUGGUAUUUGUUUUGUAAUUCUGUCAUACAAAAGUGAAUAUUAUUCCGAUGGAUAAAAUGCACUGAAUGCUUUCUUAAAAGGGAAACAUGUAUAUUCACGUUAAAUAAUGCCUUGUGUGUUGUAAAUGUAUAUUUCUGUGUACUGUACAUUGUGUUUAUAAUGAAAUGCACUGCAGAAAAGGAGUGAAAUUACGUGCAGAUACCUGUAUUGUCUGCAACUGUAAUGUCCUCCUGCAGUUUUUGUAAUACUUUUUUUGAGUUCUUUUACCAUAAACAUGCUCGAAAUGUACAGCUUA